GGGCAGCCCCCUGAGUGCUUUGUUUCACUGACACCAGCAUUAACGUGGCACCUCGGUCACCCGGAGCAUAUGCUGCCUGUGACAGACGCGCAGGGCAGCAGCUUUCCACAUGUGCUCCCAAGGUCUCCCGAUUGGUGUGCUCAGCAGAAGGGGCUGGUCCUUGAAGUCAGCUCCUGUGCCUAUGACAGAUUAUAUUUUUAUGCAUGAAAACAAAACCAGGAUAUCUGAUGGACUGCAUUAUCUUUCCAGACAGCUUGGAGCUACAACUGCAAAGAACAGAGGGGAUUCAGAAAAUUGAUGUAAGAAUUGAGGCAUUAAUAAUGAUUGUGUGAUCAUGGUUUUGGAAAAAUAAGGAGGUAUUUCCUGGCUACAUAUGUGAAGUGAUGUAUCGUAAGAAAACCAAGAAUGAAGUCAUUUUGAUCUCUGAUGGGUGAAGCUCGUUGGAAUGGAAACCAACAUCUAUGCAGAAGGACAAGGCUCACCACAUCUUACCGCCAAGUGCCUGGGGACUGCAAAGGGAGCAAAGUGUGAAGAAUUCCAAAGAAAGACAGAACAGGAAAGUACAUCUGAAUUUCAGGAUGUUUUACUGGAACCUGAGUUGAGUUUGCUGUCUGUGGCAUCCCUAUUAGACCACAAUGACACAUCCUUGCGACCUAGCAGGGAUGCAAGGUGUGUUAGUGUCAGCAGUCAGUGUGAAGCAGAGCAGCUUCAUAAGGAAUUGCUGUGUUCUGCAAGGCACAUGCCAAAGGAAGAUCCUUUAAACCUUCCCUUGCACAAGGAAUGGCCACUCCUUACAGGAAAAACUUCAGACAGAAAAACAGAAAGAAGUCACGAGAUCAGAGUCAUAAAACACAAACCAAGUGCAAUCACAUUUUCUGAUUUUGAAUUUUUACCACAUGAAGUUAAUACUGAGCUCCAUAUUUGUGAGGCAGGGGAUGCAGGAGAUUUUUCAUCUGAAGAGGAAAAAGCAGAUGGCAAAGACGAUGACGAUCUGUUUACAGAGCUGCCACUGUAUGAGGCUUUUUUUGAUGGUCUCCACAGAAGGAAUGUUUUCCCAAGAAAGCAAGCUAAACAUGAACUUACUAAGGAUCAACACAUCUGUCAUGGAGAAGACUGCGAUGAUCGUUCCAAAAAGGAAUUGAAGGACCAUGACAAGGAAGAAAAACACAUGGAGCUGGAGACAUGGGGCUGUGGAAGAAAUGUCUUUCUGCUGGAAAGAAAAUGAAAUAAAGACAGCAUGGGGUAAAAAACGUUGUCAAAAGCAACCAUUACUACUAAGCCUCAGACUUAAAAGAAGUAUAAAAACCAAAUCCUCUCGACCACACAGAUCCAGGCUACCACAGGUAACACCAUGGCCAAUAUCUGGUUGAAUAAAGUUCACAGUGAAAUAGCAAUUAAGAUCAACCCUACAGGGUCAUUCCUCAAUAAAUGAACUUGUUCCUGACUUCAGAGGGAUGCACUACAGCAAAUCCCCUAUUUUUGAUGUAGACAGUAGGAAAGGCUGGCACCUGCCCCAUGCUGGGGAGCACAUCCCCUUGUGGGCAGCAGCAGUGAGCAAAGCUGGUGUCCGAAUCUCCUCUUAAAACAGUUGUUAUGGGCAUUUGAAUAGUAAUUGUGGAAAUCUCUGAGUGUGCUGAACAGUAAACGAGUACAGAGAAGAUGGAAAAAAUACAACUUGUGUAUGCUGCCAAUGCUGCUACGAGCGGAAGAAACGCUGCUGAAAGCAAUUCAUAUAAUGGUGCCCAUGAAAAAAUGUUCUUUCCCUUUGACCAAAGGCAUACAGAAUCUGCCUGUUCUGUGUCAUACCAAAUAAAUGACACUUCUGUUCGAUUUAUGAAUGCGCUGUGGUCCCUGAGUCCCCACCCUUAGACCAGUCCCAUAUAUAUUUUCCUAUGCUUUCCUUGUAAAGAAAAAAAUUGGCAGCUGUUUUUCCUUUUCAGGAGCCUGUAAUCAGUAGUGUAUUUAAUACCCAAGUAGACUUCUUAAAAGAAAAGUAACAUUUAUUUCCACUGAGGGAGCAAAAUUUUGAAGAUUUACAAGCAUGUCGAUAUACAUGUCUGAAAUAUUGUUCAUGUUAUUUCUCAUUUUUGAAUGGUAAUCUAGGUCAUAUCAUUGCUAGGACAGCACUGUAGAGAUUCUGACCUCCUCUCUGUCAUAAUAUCAUUCAUAUCCUUCUGGUAUUAUUUAUGAUCAUCGGGUUUUGUUCUGUGCAAAUGUUCUCUUGGCAACCCUGAAGAGGUGUCUUGAGCCAUUCUUCCUUGCUUGUUUUCCUUCAAGCCUUCAGAUUAAACUACAUGUGUUCUUUGUCCAUGUAACCAGCUCAGCAUGCAGUGGCAAUAAAUCUUGCGGAAUAGCUUCUGAAACAUAA